AUGGCUGUAUUGAUCCAAGAAGUCAUUUGCGGUGAUUAUGCUUUUGCAAUUCAAACAAAGAAUCCCUUAUCGGGUAUACCUGUGAGAUGCAUGCAAGAGAUUGUGAAGGGCUUGGGAGAGACUUUGGUGGGGGCAUAUCCUGGACGAGCCAUGAGCUUUUUUGCCAAAAAAUGAAAUUUGAAGUUUCCUAUUGUUACUAGUUAUCCAAGUACGAAUAUAGGCCUAUAUAGCAAGCCUUCCAUAAUAUUCAGGUCGGACUCAAAUGGUGAAGAUCUGGAAGGAUAUGCUGGUGCUGGGCUUUAUGACAGUGCUCUUAUUGUUGAAGAGGAGAAGAUUGUCUUAGACAACUCCAGUGAUCGGAAGAAUCACAGAUAAUCUUUACGGUCGCCGCCAUGCUAGUGAAUGAGUGGUAAAAGAUGGACCAGUAUACGUGGUGUAGGCAGGACCACGAAUCCAAUAUUAGCAUGCAUCUCCAGAUAUUUGGUU